AAAACUCGAUAUGUUUUUUUAACUCGAAUUAACUGAAAAACCAGAACCGAACUGAAUCGAAAUCGAACCGAGAACUGAGUGGCCAUGGGUAUACUAUAUAGACAUGCAUUAAGAAACAAUUUCAUGUAUAUACAGAUAAUAAAAAUGAUUUUAUAGACAUGCAUGAAGAAACAAUACAUGUAUGCUACAUAACUCACAUAUUGUAAUUAUCGUGAGUGGCUGUUAUUACUGUGUGGUAGAUUACGGAUACACGCAUUUACUUCCCUUCACCAAACCCCUCUCUCUCCCUCUAUAAAUAUCUAAAAUUCCAUUUUCCUCACCAAAGAAUCAACCCUACAAACUUAACUUUCAAGCUCAAACAACUUUACACUAUGGCUUUCCACUUCCGGCGACUUUGCAUGUCCUCUGCUCUUCUGGUGGUAGUUCUCCAAAUCCUGCAUGGCGUAUCCGGCCAACUUGUUGUGGUUGAGGACCCUGUUUCUGCUUCUCCGCCACCAUUGGUCGAACAAGACGGCAGUGAUGGCAUUGUGCCCGCACUGUUUGUGUUUGGUGACUCUCUCAUAGACAAUGGGAACAACAAUAACAUCCCUUCCUUUGCUAAAGCUAAUUACUUUCCUUAUGGCAUCGAUUUCAAUGGAGGUCCUACCGGUAGGUUCUGCAAUGGCUUGACCAUGGUCGAUGGUAUUGCCCAACUAUUGGGGUUGCCGUUGAUUCCGGCGUACUCGGAAGCUACCGGAGAUCAAGUGCUACGUGGUGUCAACUACGCUUCCGCAGCAGCGGGGAUUCUUCCUGACACCGGAGGAAACUUUGUGGGGCGAAUACCGUUCGACCAGCAGAUUCAUAACUUUGAGACAACGUUAAAUCAGGUGGCUAGUAAGUCCGGUGGUGCAGUGACAAUUGCAGACUCGGUGGCUCGAAGCUUGUUCUUCAUUGGAAUGGGAAGCAACGACUAUCUCAACAAUUACUUGAUGCCCAACUUCCCUACCCGUAACCAAUACAACGCUCAACAAUUCGGUGACCUCUUGGUUCAGCAAUACACCAAUCAACUCACCAGAUUGUAUAAUCUAGGUGGUAGAAAAUUUAUAGUGUCCGGACUUGGAAGAAUGGGGUGCAUUCCUAGUAUUCUAGCUCAAGGAACCGACGGUAAAUGCUCGGAAGAAGUUAACCAACUUGUUCUUCCUUUCAACACAAACGUCAAGACAAUGAUCACUAAUCUCAACCAGAAUCUUCCUGAUGCUAAAUUCAUUUACCUCGAUACCGCUAAUAUGGUCCAAGACAUCACCACUAACCCAGCCGUCUAUGGGUUUACUACUUUGGACAAGGGAUGUUGUGGGAUAGGACGGAACAGAGGGCAGAUCACUUGUCUUCCCUUUGAAACUCCUUGUCCUAACAGAGAGCAGUACCUGUUUUGGGAUGCUUUUCAUCCCACGGAGAAAGUUAAUCUCAUAAUGGCCAAGAAAGCGUUUGCUGGUGACCGCACUGUCGCGUUUCCUAUCAACAUUCAGGAACUGGCUAGUCUCAAUUAGAGACCAUCUUUUUUAUUCAAGAAAAAGUAAAAGAACUUCGUGUUCUGUCUUUGUAGUUUGUCCUUGUAACGUUUUUGAGUUUCUUUCGUAUUAAAAAACUUAGUUAAAUCGUUUUGCCUCUUUCAGCGCAUUGUGAAACAUAUAUGAGAACAUUAGAACUGAGCCCUGUUACGUUUUUAAGGUUGGUGAAUACACAUAUAAACUCAACAGCCAAAAAGGAUAGCUCAGUCCCAUUAUUGAGAAGUUUUAUUACCAUCCAAAACCAAAAGCUUUGAAUUCUACACAGCCAUUUAAGCUUUUAACUGCAGUAAAAAAUCUAUAGACUUCACAAAAAGAGGAAAAUAUGCUUAAAAUCUUCAAGUUCAGAGCCACUGGUUUUAGCAUGAAAAAGUCUAAAAAUCUUAUGUUAUGAGAAAAUUU